AUGGCGGAGCGGAUGUCGCGUCGCUCUCGCUCCCUGCUCUCCCUGACCUUGACCUCUCUGGCCCUGGCGCUCUCUAUUUUGGCCCUGUGCACCUCCUACUGGUGCGAGGGCACCCACAAGGUGGUCAAACCCCUCUGCCUGUCGCCUGUCAAGAUGAAGAACUGCGGGCAGAACAACAGCGAGCCUUACACCACAGAGAGCCCGACCCAAAACCCUUUCAACCGCACGCUGACUCCGGCCAGACGCGAGGAGCUGGCCAAGAUCCGACAGAGGCAGUUGGCCAACGCCGUCCACUACAUCUGGGAGACGGGCGAGGACAAGUUCGCUUUCAGAUAUUUCCACACCGGCUUUUGGGAAAGCUGCGAGAAACACAGUGAUGGGGAGAAAUGCAGGAGUUUUAUAGAGUUGACUCCAGGGGAGACGCAAGGUGUGCUUUGGCUGUCGGUCAUCUCAGAGUUCACGUACAUCGGUCUGCUCGGGAUGGGCUUCUUGCUCAUGUGGCUGGAAGUAUUAUGCUCUCACAAAGAAAUGCACUCGCUAAAAAUCAGUGCCUACGCUGCCAUGUGCACUGUGCUGUCAGGCCUUCUGGGGAUGGUGGCCCACAUGAUGUAUACCACCGUGUUCCAGAUGACGGUCAUUGUGGGCCCCAAAGACUGGAGACCUCAAACCUGGGAUUAUGGCUGGUCUUUUGCUCUCGCCUGGGUGUCCUUCAGCUGCUGCAUGGGCGCUGCCGUGGUGACGCUCAACUCCUACACAAAGACCAUCAUCGAGCUCCGCCGCAAACAGAGAUUGCGUCUGGAAGAGGCGAGGGCCACCGCCCGGGCCCCUUGCUACGAGGAUGUGGUCCAACCCAGCGGUGGCGCAGGAGCCGGGGGCUUCUACUCCGUCAGCGGACUGCUGCAGUGCCCCGACGGCAUGAUUGAUGUAGCGUGGGCCCCAAACGGCAGCGUGGUCGGAGUGGGCAACGGGGACGUGCCCACGCUGGUUUUAGUGGGAGGGUGUGGACCGGAGGGCUGUGAAGACUGCGAGAGGGAGAUGGAGGGCCCUGUGGAUAGAGUGGACUCCCCGUGCUGA